GAGUUUCCCGUAGUCUGGGUCUGGGCCCCGCUCUGGCCUGGGAGAACUCUGUCUGCCCGAGAACGAGCCUGGUAGCAGCAUCAUGCCUGGGAAAGUUAACCCCACCCAGUGUGAGGCCAUGACCAUGGUAGCAGCCCAGGUGAUGGGAAACAACGUGGCUGUGACCAUCGGAGGCAGCAACGGACACUUUGAGCUUAACGUCUUCAAGCCAAUGAUGAUUAAGAACGUGUUGAACUCAGCCAGGCUGCUGGGCGAUGCCUCGGUCUCCUUCACUGAUAACUGUGUGGUGGGCAUUGAAGCGAACAUCGACAGGAUCAACAAACUCAUGAACGAGUCCUUGAUGCUGGUCACCGCCCUCAACCCACACAUAGGUUAUGACAAAGCUGCUAAGAUUGCCAAGACGGCUCACAAAGAGGGAGGAAAUCUCAAGGAAACUGCUAUCAAGCUAGGAUACCUGACAGCAGAAGAGUUUGACGCGUGGGUCAAGCCACACGAGAUGCUGGGACCCAAGUAGAACACAACACGCUGCAGAAUGUCUAUGGUUAUAAAUGUCUUGUCUUUGUACAAAUAAAACAUUUAAAACAUG